AUGUUUUCCUUGCUACUCGCAGGAUCUACUUUCGUAGGAGCUGUUUACGCAGCUUCUAAUGUUUCAACCUCCCUUGCAGGGACAACUGUAACGACCGAUUACGGAACCUUUACCUAUUCGGAAGCUUCAGCAUGUGCAUGCUCUCAACUCUCAUCUAGUUAUCCGGAGUACCUCUACUUUCCAAACACCUCAAACUACACUUACUACAACCUUGAGGCAUGGGAUAUCAGAACUAAUGCGGACCCGGCUUGUAUCUUCAGUCCUAUCAAUGCCGAUCAAGUGGCAGCGGGAGUAGGAAUUAUCAGUACUUGUGAUGCUCAAUUUGCUAUUCGUGGUGGGGGUCAUAUGAAUUUCCCUGGAGCCAACAAUAUCAAUGCUGGUGUAAUGGUAGCUCUUGCGGGCCUUAAUGACCUUCAGAUUUCCGCCGAUAAUACCACUGUGGAUGUUGGUCCAGGUAAUAGAUGGUAUGAUGUCUACUCUUAUCUCGAACCUUAUGGUCGUAUUGUCAUUGGGGGUCGUCUGAAAACCAUUGGUGUUCCUGGUCUUACUCUUAUCGGUGGUGUCCAUUACUUCAACAACAAGUAUGGAUAUGCAAUGGAUAACGUUGUGAACUAUGAUGUUGUUCUUGGAAAUGGUACUCAAGUCAAAGCAUCCGCAGAUUGCAACCCCGAUCUUUUCUGGGCAUUGAAAGGUGGUGCCAAUAAUUUCGGUGUCGUCACCAAAUUCACACUCAACACAUUCGAUAUCCCUCUCGUCAGCACUACGAUCCAAGUAUUCGACGAAAGUGGAAUUGAAGCUUUCCUUCAAGCUACCUGUGAUUUGGCUGCCAAUAACGAUCCUUCGAUUGCAGCUGGAGCAGUUAUUACUACUACCUACAAUGCCACUACAGGAGCUAUGUCAGCAUCCCUUCUAGGUGUUCAAGCUGGAACCGAAAGUCCACCAUCUAGAUUCGAAAACUUUACCGCAAUCCCGGCAUUACAAUCUAUAAAUAAUGUUUCUUCAAUGGCUACUUUUGCAGCACAACUCGACUCCCCUCUGCAAAUGUUCCGAGUCGAAUUUGCUGUUCAUUCCAUGAAACCAAAUGGAACUGUUCUCUAUCAAAUGUGGCAAAUGUGGAAAGCUGCAGUCGAAGAUGUUAAAGAUGUUGUUGGUUUCUACCCAACUUUCGUCACAAAUCUUGAUCCUAAAAGCGCCAACACUAUCGCAAAAACCAACGGUAUUGGCAACGUAUGGGGAAGAGAUGACACUGAAUCUGAAAUCUGGUGGCAAAUGAGCACCGGCUGGGAUUUAGCACAAGACGAUCUCCGCAUGACAACAUGGAUUCAAAAAGUCAUGGGAGAAAUCCAUAACUUUGCUAUUGCAAACAAUGUCUCCAGCGACGAAACAGAUUUCAUCUAUAUGGGUGAUGCUGGAGGAUGGCAAGAUCCAUUUUCUACCAUGCCAGCGGAAAAUGUGGAGAAGAUGAUCACGAUUAGGGAGAAAUAUGAUCCUCUGGGUGCAUUUUCGCGUUUGAAUUGGGGUGGAUUCAAGAUUCCUUCUUAG